AAAAAACCCCGGUACUACUUCUACUGCCCCAUCACAACUUCUCUCUCUCUCUCUCUCUCUCUCUCUCUCCUGCCUCACGUCUAGUUCGUUUUCACAACACAACUUCUCUCUCUCUCUCUCUCAUCUCUGCUUUUCUUUCCAUUCUUCCUCUUCAAAUGGCUCAGAAAGUGGUGUUGAAGGUCAUGACCAUGACUGAUGACAAAACAAAGCAGAAAGCCAUGGAAGCUGCAGCUGAUAUUUAUGGGGUUGAUUCAAUUGCGGCAGAUAUAAAGGAUCAGAAGUUGACAGUGAUUGGACAAAUGGACACAGUGGCGGUGGUGAAAAAGUUGAAGAGGGUAGGCAAAGUGGAUAUCAUAUCAGUUGGUCCAGCCAAGGAAGAGAAGAAAGAAGAGAAGAAAGAGGACAAGAAGGAAGAAAAGAAGGAGGAAAAGAAGGAAGAAAAGAAAGAGGAAAAAAAGGAGGAGAAAAAAUAAAACAUCUCAAUAAUAAUCAUCUCAUUAUCACAAUUUCCCUAAAACCAUUUACAAUAAUUUUCUUGAUUUGGCAAUGUGAGGGUCAAAUUUUCUUUUGUAAAUGUAACUAAACAGUGGAAAUAGAAGAGUAUCACAAGCUUUUUUUUUUUUUUUUUACCCAA